AUGCAUACAACAUGCACCAACCCAGAAGGACCACUCUCCAAAAUCCCAAAAGAGCUCUAUAUCACCAUAUCGGAUUUUCUUCCUGAGCUUGCCGACCUGAACGCCUUCACACGCACCAACAAAACAACCCACACCCUCUUAAACAGGAUUCUCUACAAAAACGACGCCAUAUCUCCCGACCCAAAAGCUCUGUUCUGGGCCAGCACCUACAAUAAAGCCUCAACAGCCCUCCUAGCCCUAAAUGCAAAUACAGACCUGAACUACAAAACAGACAGAGAUCCCCGCCUAAGAGGAUGUACCCCAAUCCUCCUAGCAUCCUUUUACAACAGCCUAGCGGUUCUAAAGCUUCUCUUGCUGAAUGAUGACGCAAAUCCAAAUAUUCGCGACCACAAAUGGAUCAGACCGCCAAUUUCCUGGGCCGCAAAACAAGGCCACACAGAGAUCGUGCAGGCACUCCUCGCAGACUCACGAACAGAUGUCAAUCUUCAAGAUAAAUCCGGUGAUACGGCGCUAAUGAUCUGCGUAGAUCAUCAUCCCACCAUUUUGGCGACACUUUUACUCAGUGGACAGGCUGAUCCGCGAAUUGCGAAUCGGCAUGGGCGGACGCCAUUGUCGCGUGCUGCUCGUGAUUUUAACUGUGAUAUGGGGCUGUUGCUUGCGAGGCAUGUGCGAUUGAUCCUCGAUGGGGAUGAUAGUGCGAAGCACUGCCAGCAUGUGUUUUUUUAUGCGGCUGUGAGGGGCCACGCUGAUGUUGUCGAGUAUUUGGUCAAGUUUUUCAGUGAAAAGUUGGAUCCGAAUGCUGAUGGAGAGAGGGAUGGUCGAGCGGCUUUUUCUUAUGCCGAUGGGCAGCGGUAUGGACGUGGUGCGUUUACUAUUGCCGCUGCGGCCGGGAACCUGGACGUUGUGAGGAUAUUGCUUGGUUGGGAGGCUACCGAUCCCAAUUUGCAAACGCACUGGAAGAGGCAGACGCCAUUGUUUACGGCUGCUGAGGAGGGCAGGGUGGAUAUGGUUGAUUUGUUGGUUGGAUGUGACCGGGUUGGUCUCGAGAUUGCUGAUAUGCAUGGGACGACACCGCUGGGGGUUGCUGCGUAUGGAAAUCACGAGACGGUCGUGAGACGGCUAUUGAGUGGGCCGCGGAAGGCUGAUCCUAAUGCCCGUGAUGAGAACGGGCAGACACCGCUAUUUAACGCUGCGUUUUGUGGGCAUUUAGGAGUUGUGAAAACACUACUAGAAGCGGAAGGAAUUAAUCCUGGCCUAAGAGAUGCAGAGAGGAAGUCGCCUCUGGAAGUGGCGAGGGAGAAUCAGCACUAUGAGGUCGCGGAGGCAUUAGAUGAUAGGUAA